AUGCCGAAAGUAGGCAUUGUCGGCACAACAACUUGGGGAACUACGCUCGGCGUCAUUAUCGCGCGGCGCGGCAUAGACGUGAGCAUCUGGGCGCGCACCGAAGCCGAAGCUGCGACUCUUGAGGCUGCGCGCGAAAACGCGCGAUUCCUGCCCGGGGUACGUUUCCCUGAGGCGCUGUCGGUGUCGGCGUCCCCGUCUGAGGCGUUUGAGAGCGCAGACCUCGUACUCAUAGCCGUUCCUUCUCGAACAUUCAGGGCGAAUGUGCGGCGUGUGCGGCGGGCAUUGCCACCAAACGCCAUAGUCGUCAGCGCCACCAAAGGUAUCGAGACAGGCACGGGAAAGCGCAUGAGCGAAGUGCUUGCAGACGAGUUGCCAUCAGGCAUGCAUCGCGGCAUCUGCGCGCUCUCCGGUCCGAACCUCUCACGCGAGAUAAUAGGCUCCAAGCCGGCGUCAACUGUCAUCGCUUCAGCAGAUGUUGAUGCUGCUUGCACAGCCCAGCGCAUCACCAACUCCAACCUCUUCCGCGUCUAUACGAACGAAGACAUCGUGGGCGUCGAGUUCGGCGGCGCGCUGAAGAACAUCAUCGCGCUCGCCGCGGGCGUAUGCGACGGUCUGAACUACGGCGACAACGCGAAAGCUGCGAUUAUCACACGAGGGCUGGCGGAGAUCGGGCGUCUCGCCGAAGCCGCCGGCGCAAACCCCCUCACACUGGCAGGACUGGCCGGCAUGGGCGACCUGAUAGCCACAUGUUCAAGCUCCCUCAGCCGCAACCAAUACUUCGGCAGGCGUCUUGCCUUGGGUGAUUCAGCGGAGACGAUUCGCGCCUCGAUGGACAAUGUCGCCGAAGGCGUGGACACAGUCGCGGGUGCAAUCACUGUCGCCAACAGACUCGGCAUCGAGAUGCCGAUAGCUCAAACGAUGCACAAAAUCAUCUUCGAGAGUGUACCCCUUGAACGUGCGGUUCAAGAGCUGAUGGAGCGCGCGCCGCGUCCCGAAUGA